ACUCGAUAGUUGGUCUCACAUAUUUCCUUAAACCAGAUCUCCACCACCACCACCAGCACAACAUAUCAUUUCCAGAUCCACCGUCAGCCACCGUGAACCACCACAAUGCGAGUCACAACAACCACCCAAUCACCAUCCUCCCCACCCUCCCAACCAACCACCAAAGAUGUCGAAUCCCUCUUCCGUACAAAACCCAUAUCCGAGAUCCGAACCGUAGAAGCCCAAACCCGAACCCAAAUCCACAACAAAUCACAAGAGCUCCGUCAACUCGUCGGCAACCGUUACCGUGAUCUCAUCGAUUCCGCCGAUUCCAUCAUCAAUAUGAAAUCAUCUAAUUUUUCAAUCUCUCAAAAUAUUCAAUCUAUUCAUAACGGUAUUCUUCAUUCUAUAUCUAAUGAAUAUACUAAUAAUACUAGUUCUGUUAAUUAUGCAUCGAUAUCGAACCCCGCUAGAACUCGAAUUUACGGUAUUGCGUGUCGUGUUAAGUACAUUGUAGAUACACCUGAAAACAUUUGGGGAUGUUUAGAUGAGUACAGGUUUGUUAAUUCUGCCGCACGAUACAUUCGUGCUAAGUUAGUAUAUAAUUGUCUAGUUAGUGACUUUGAUGUUAAGACGAAAAACGUGUUGUCCAAGUUUCCGUUGUUGCAACAUCAGUGGCAGAUAGUUGAGAGUUUUAAGGGGCAGAUAUCGCAACGUAGUAGGGAUAGGUUGUUGUUAGAUGGGAUUGGGAUUAAGGAAUAUGCGGAUGCGAUUGCUGCUGUGGCGGUGAUUGAUGAGAUUGACCCGAGGGAGUGUUUGAAGUUGUUGCUCGAGAGUAGGAAGACGUGUGUCGUGCAGAAGUUGAGUGGGUGUGGCGGGGAUGGGGAAGACGUGAUACGGGUGUUUUGUGAAGUGUUGAAGGUGAUUCAAGUUAGUGUGGCGCAUGUUGGGGAGUUGUUUUUGCAGGUUUUGAGUGACGCCCCGUUGUUUUAUAAGACGGUGUUGGAUUCUCCGCCAGUUUCUCAGUUGUUUGGUGGGAUACCGAAUCCUGAUGAGGAGGUUAGGUUGUGGGAGGGGUUUAGGGAGAAGUUGGAGAGUGCGAUGGUGAUGUUGGAUCGGGAGUUUGUUGGGAAGGUGUGUUUGGAUUUUUUGAGGAGUUGUGGGAAGGAGAUUGUUAAUGAGGUUAACGGGCGGUUUUUGAUUGAUGUGAUUGAUAGUGGGCGACAGCUUGCUGCUGCUGAGAAGUUGAUUAGAGAGACGAUGGAAGGGAAGGAUGUGUUGGGAGGGAGUUUGGAGUGGUUGAAGAGCGUUUUUGGAUCCGAGAUUGAGAUGCCGUGGAGUAGAACACGGGAACUUGUUUUGGGUAAUGAUGAUGAUCUUUGGGAUGAGAUUUUUGAAGAGGCGUUUGCUAGUAGGAUGAAAGCAAUAAUUCAUUCCGGGUUUCAUGAAAUGAAUCAUGUAGUUAAUGUACAUGAGUCGAUUCUUACAAUUGAAGAGGGUCCUGGUGGUCGAGUUGAUUUCCAAGCUUUUAUGAAUAGGUCUCCUUUAGGUGGCGGAGUUUGGUUUAUGGAGCCCACUAUCAAAAAGGCUGGUUUAGUGACUAGCCCUAAAGUGUCUUCCGACAUUAGCGAUUACCAGAGCUGUUUAAAUGCUUACUUUGGCAAUGAAGUUGGCAGAAUUAGAAUGGCGGUGGACAACCACUGCAAGAAUGUACUUGAGGACUUGUUAAGCUUCUUGGACUCUCCAAAAGCCUCCUUAAGGUCACGGGAACUAGCACCAUACUUGCAAAGUAAAUGUUUUGAGAGUAUGUCGGCCAUACUUACAGAGCUGGAGAAUGAAUUGGAGAGCUUGUAUGCCGCAUUGCAACAUGGCAAUCAGAAAGAUGAUUCACCAUCUCCUGCUAUAAUUGUCGAGAGGUCACUUUUCAUUGGAAGACUACUGUUUGCAUUCCAAAAGUACUCUAGAAAUAUUCCUGUUAUACUUGGUUCACCCAAAAUGUGGGUAGAUGAAAGUAUGGCAGUGGUCUCUGGUAAAGUGUCACCACUUCUGAGGUAUUCGAGUGAAGCAUUUGAUUCUGUAACUUCUGAAAACCAUGGGAAGAAAGUGCUUUCAUCAUCUAUAAGACAAUUUUCACUUGCUGCUUCUGCGUUAUAUGCAUUCAAGGAUAGUCCGAGCCCACGUCUUGGUGAACUUAGAAGAACAACACAAUAUCUUUGUAUUAAAGCUCAUAACUUGUGGAUAACUUGGGUUUCAGAUGAACUUUCAGCGGUCCUCUCACAUAGUCUCAAAAAUGAUGAAAGUUUAUCGACAACCACUCCAUUGAGAGGCUGGGAGGAGACUAUAGUUAAGCAAGAGGACUCUGCUGAGCACCCAUCAGAGAUCAAGAUCUCUCUUCCUUCCAUGCCGUCCUUGUAUAUCACUUCAUAUUUAUUUCAAGCUUGUGAAGAAGUUCACAGAGUUGGGGGUCAUGUACUUGACAAACCAAUUUUGCAAAACUUUGCUGCACGAUUGUUGGAGAAGGUGAUUGAUCUUUAUGUGGAUUUUCUUGUCAAUGACGAGGCUAGUGAAACUCGUGUGUCUGAAAAAGGGGUUCUCCAAAUCUUAUUGGAUCUAAAGUUUGCUGCUGACAUUCUGUCUGGUGGAGAUCUGAGUGGAAAUGAGGAUGUAGUAAAAACAUCAAAGACUAAACCGUCAUAUAGACGGAAGCAAGAUGUGCAACAACCAAAGUCGGUUAUGAAAGAUCGUCUUGAUGGGCUGGUGAAUCGCCUCUCACAGAGGCUAGACCCAAUAGACUGGCUCACGUAUGAGCCAUAUCUUAUGGAGAAUGAGAAGCAGUCUUAUUUGCGGCAUGCUGUCCUAUUUGGUUUCUUUGUGCAGCUUCAUCGGAUGUACACGGAUACCACACAAAAAUUGCUUACAAGUUCAGAAUCAAAUAUAAUGAGAUGCUCUACUGUUCCUCGUUUCAAAUACCUUCCCAUCAGUGCUCCUGUAUUAUCUGCGAAGGGAGCAAGCAAGUCCCCUAUUGCAACAUCUGUAGACGAUGUUUCUACAAGGGGUUCUUGGAGAAAUUAUACCCAAGAGGAGCUCUCCCGCAAUAUGGAUAUGGAUGACAAUACAAGUUCAGGGGUUGCUACACCUUUCCUGAAAUCUUUUAUGCAGGUUGGUAGUAGAUUUGGAGAGAGCACACUGAAACUGGGAUCCAUGCUAACUGAAGGACAAGUGGGUAGGUUUGGUGACAUUUUACCUGCUCAAGCAGCUGGACUUCUUUCCCAAUUCACAGCCGGAAGAUCAGAUUAUUGAUUUCAUUUAUUCGUUCAACCGUAAAACACCACUUAGUUAUCCCAAGCAAACAAGGUACAAUUUGAUGACCGGAAUUGCUAAAAGAUGGAUAUUAAAGUGCCAAGUUACUGCCACCAUGGACUGUACACACACAACCUCUUUACACAAGGUGAUGUCAACGAGCAUAUAUUGGUAUGUCCAUCCCCAAAAGAUGCAAGGAAACUUUUGAAGAGCAUAUAAUGUUUGAUAAGGUUUAUAGGAUUAAGUUUUUGCAUUUUGUGAAUGUAAAUUUUGGGAGCAUAAUGCUAAAAAUGAGGUGAACGGUGAAUUUAUAUUUCAUGUGUAAUGGAAGAGACUAGUACAGGGAAAGGGAGGUGUGUGCAUCGUGUCGGGUUAAUUUUUAUAGGAAUAUCCAUUGGUUCAUUGUUAUUGAAUGUAGGAGUAUGGAGAGGAUAUGAUUCUAGUUAAAAACU